AUGGGCUACGUACUCUAUUCCUCGAUUCUCUUCUCCUGCGUUCUUGCGACUGCUCUUUACCUCACUCGACACCUCUGGCUUCAUCGCGUUCCAACAUACAUCCCAGGCCCCUUGUACACUCGCCUUCCCACCUCAUUCCGCGAUGACAUAGAAGCCGGGCUAACUUCCUCGGCAUUCGAUCUUACUGGAAACGUCGAAUCCGGCGAUUCUCGACAAGGAUUGGACGGGGCGGCGAAGAAGGAGGUGCAGAGGAUCAUGAAGAGGAGGGGUGUCAACUUCGACGAGGCCAGGAGGCUGUAUAUGCAGGAUCGGUUCAAGAGGGAGGGUAUCGGCGCCGAUGGUAUCCCAAGGGACCCCAAGUUCGUGUCGUUCUCUUGA